AUGGAAGUGAAAAAUGAAGACCCCCAAGCAUUUACUCAGAGCCUUGAAGAUGAAAAAGUUGAAGAAACCAUCCUUUUGGAAGAAUCAACGAAAACUAAGAAGUCUAAAUUAUGCCCAUUAUGCCCACCCAGAGGGAAGUGCAAUGAAGUGAUAACAUCUGUUGCCCUCCUGGUGUUGUUGUGGGGUGUAAUCUGGUCGUAUACGGGCAUAGAAGUUUAUCCUGGUGGAAGCCUAUUUGGAAUGUUAGUAAUUUUCUGUUGUGCCCUUUUGGGUGGUAGACUUAUGCAAUUUAUUAAGAUCCCUAUAAUACCUCCACUACCACCUCUUCUUGGGAUGCUGCUUGCUGGUUUCCUGGUCAGAAACAUUCCAGUCAUCCGUGAUUAUGUUAAGAUCAAUCAAGUCUGGUCAUCCUAUUUGAGAAAUACUGCCCUUACCAUUAUCUUGGUACGAGCUGGGCUUGGGCUUGAUCCACAGGCACUGGAGAAAUUAAAAGGAGUUUGUUUAAGACUAUCCAUGGGUCCAUGUUGUUUAGAGGCGUGCUCAGCUGCUGUUUUUUCUCACUUUAUUAUGAAGUUUCCAUGGCGAUGGGGAUUUCUAUUAGGUUUUGUCCUAGGUGCGGUUUCUCCUGCUGUUGUGGUCCCCGCAAUGCUGAUGCUGCAAGAGCAAGGAUAUGGUGUCAAAAAGGGGAUCCCCACCUUGCUGAUCGCUGCCAGCAGCUUUGAUGAUAUUCUGGCUAUCACUGGCUUCAAUUCAUUCCUAAGCCUAACAUUCACUACAGGUCCUGUAUAUAAGAAUAUCAUCAAGGCUGUUUUGGAAAUAGUAAUUGGUAUAACAGCAGGAAUUGUUAUGGGAUAUUUUAUUCGCUACUUUCCAAGUACUGAUCAGCCUACACUUGCUUGGAAGAGAGCAUUCCUCCUUCUGGGUUUAUCUAUUAUGGCUGUCAUAGGCAGCGGGCGUAUUGGGAUACAUGGAGCUGGAGGACUGGCUGCAAUAGUGUUGACUUUUGUUUCAGCAAUCGGGUGGAAGGAUGAAAAAAAGGCAAGAGUGCAACAAAUAGUUGCAAAUUCAUGGCUAGUUUUUCAACCACUUCUUUUUGGCCUGGUUGGAGCAGAGGUGUCUGUUGAGAAUCUUGAAUCAAAUACGAUUGGCAUCUGUGUUGGUACACUGAGCUUGUCUCUGUUGGUUCGAAUUUUUGCCACAUUCUUAUUGGUGUCUUUUGCUGGUUUUUCAUACAAGGAAAGAAUUUUUGUUGCCUUGUCAUGGCUCCCCAAAGCCACUGUUCAGGCUGUAUUAGGACCUCUUGCUUUAGAAGAAACAAGAACUAAGAACUUUCCUCAAUUGGAAGUGUAUGCAAAGAACGUGAUGACCAUGGCAUUUCUGGCAAUCUUGAUUACGGCUCCAAAUGGGGCACUACUCAUUGGCUUAGUGGGGCCUAAAGUGCUUUCAUUAGAUAAGCCUAAUGAAGCAGGAGAAACUGUUUCACAUUAG